AGAAUAAAUAGUAACGAUAUUCGAUAAAUACUAAAAUAAAUUCUUAUGAUCCCAUUUUUUUUACGUUUAUCGAUUUUUUUUUCUUUCAAGGUCGCAAAUUAGUUUUUAAAUAUACAAGAGAGUUUUUUUUUCCUAAAGAUAGAACGCAUAAUAUUUAAUAUUUGCUUAAAUUUUUGUUCUUAAUUCAAUAAAUCAUGAAACUCUUUGGUCCUUUGGUAUUUCUGUUAAUUACUUUUAACCCGGUUAUUUCCCAAAAGAUUAUGGCCUUGAGACAAGAAACAUUUCUGAGAACAGCAGCAAUAAAGCCAAAAUCUACUGUGGUCCCACUUAUUAAUAUCUGCCCUAAGGGAGUAACCUGUUGUGAUGAUGGCCAUACUUGUGAAGGGGAUUAUCCUGUUUGUUGUCAAAGUGAUUGUAUACCUACUAAUGCAACCUGCUGUAAUGAUGCCAAUGGUGGUUAUUGUGAUAAAGAUUAUCCUGUUUGUUGUCAAGAUGGAUGUAUACCUGCUGAUACAACCUGUUGUGAUAAUGGUGGCUAUUGUGAAAAGAAUACUUAUUGCUGUAAUAAUAAUGAAUGUUGUACUAAUACAUUUAAAAAUAAAAGGGUAUAA